AGUUUUGCCUGCAACACUGCUAUUCAUCGCACAGUGAUCAAGAAUGUCGUAAAAGGCGAAUUUCUGUAGCUCUCAUAAGUGAUCUUUCUAUUAGAUAUUUGUUUUCAGUUCGCUUUGGUCGUGCAAAAGCUGCUGUUGCUUGCUCGUUCUCUUCAUAGUGAUUCCAAAAGCUUAUGCUUAGCUCUUGUUUUUUUAGUAGAGUAAUUUUAUACAAAAGGUGAAAUAUGAGUUACCUGCGUAAAACACCGAUGCGUAUGAUUGUUAAUGCAGUCCAGCGCCAGCAGCAAUGUAUGUCCAGCGGAACAGGUGCCAUGUCAGCACUCACUGUGCUCACGGAAGAUGAACGAGUAAUGAAGGAAACAGUCGCCAAAUUGGCUCAAGAACAAAUCGCCCCACUCGUAAAGAAAAUGGAUCAGGAACACAAAUUUGAUCCAUCUGUGGUGAAUGCAGUUUUCGAAAAUGGUCUGAUGGGCAUGGAAGUCGAUCCCGACUUGGGAGGCAGCGGUUGCAAUUUUCUGACUACCAUUUUGGUUGUCGAAGAGCUGUCCAAGGUUGAUCCAGCCGUUGCCGCUUUCGUCGACAUCCACAACACUUUAGUUGUCUCAUUGAUGAUGAAAGUGGGAAAUGAGGAGCAGAAAAAGAAGUAUUUGCCGAAAUUGUCGCAGGAAUAUGCUGGUAGCUUUGCCUUAACCGAGCCUGGCGCUGGUUCUGAUGCGUUUAGCUUGAAAACCGUUGCUAAGAAGGACGGCAAUCAUUACGUUAUCAAUGGUACGAAAAUGUGGAUUUCCAACUCGGACGUGGCUGGUGUAUUUCUAGUCUUCGCCAAUGCCAAACCAGAAGCGGGUUACCGCGGCAUUACCACAUUCAUUGUUGAUCGCGACACACCUGGCUUGAUCGUGAAUAAGCCCGAAGACAAGCUUGGCAUU